UUUCUGCAAGGAAAUAUGGGGUUCUUCACAAAUAUCGUCCGGGUUGUUGCGACUUGGGCCAUCGCAAGUUUCUACGGUUGCAUGAUGCUGUUAUUCACGUUGCUGAGAGUCGCCAGGCGCGGGCCUCGGGCGUUCUUCGGCUACAAGUCCCGCCCCGACCGGCCCAAGUGCCUGGACGAUCCUGACCUGGGAACUCACGGCUACGUUCGGCUGAAGACCAGCGGGCUGAGGUUCCACUAUGUGGCGGCGGGGGAGCCGCAGAAGCCGCUCAUGCUGUGUCUGCACGGCUUCCCGGAGUGCUGGUACUCCUGGCGCCACCAACUCAAGGAGUUCAGGAACUCCUACCGAGUUGUUGCCCCAGACCUACGCGGUUACGGUGAGACCGAGUCCCCACAACCCUCCGGCUACUGGGGCUGGCCCAACUUCAGUCUAUCUCACUUGACCAAUGAUGUGCGAGAGCUGAUAGAAGCUCUAGGCUACAGUUCCUGCACCCUGGUGGCACAUGACUGGGGUGGCUUCAUAGCAUGGCAGUUUGCUAUAGACCACCCAGAUCUUGUGGACAAGCUGAUUGUGAUGAACAUCCCCCACCCUGGCGUCUUUUACAAGUACAUAGCCACCCACUUCUCCCAGUUCCGCAAAUCCUGGUACAUUUUCCUGUACCAGCUGCCAUGGCUUCCAGAGAUGCUGAUUAAAGCCUUUGACUUUGAGAUGAUCCGUGGUGUCUUCAGAAGUAAGAACAUGGGCUGCAGACGCCGUGAUGCCAUAACUGAUGAAGAUGUGGAGGCUUUCAAGUACACCUUUGCCAGACCUGGGGCCAACAUUUCAGCAGCUAUCAACUACUACCGUGCUCUCGUGAAGCAGCCUCGCAGCUACAAGGGCACGAAGGUUCAGUGCCCCACCCUGCUGAUCUGGGGGGACCAGGACGGGGCCUUGGAGGUGGGCCUGACGGAGGGGACGGACCGGUUUGUACCAGACUUCACGCUGAAGCUGGUGCCGGGAGCCAGCCACUGGGUACAGCAGGACCAGCCAGAGGUGGUCAACGGCCACAUGAGGGACUGGCUGAAGGGGUAAAAGUGGCCGGCUAGGGUUGGUUGGGAGUAGCACAACACUCGACAGAAAACGGGGCAUAUUAUAGAAAGAUCUAACUUGGGUGGCAUCCUCCAUAGUUUCCGCCCACUCCCCAAUGUUGCUGGUAGCCAGUGACAUUAGGGAGUGAGCAUAAAGUACGGAGGAUGGAACCCAGGCAAUGAAAGAUUACAAUCUUCCCCACCAACAUCUGCUUGGAGAUUAACAGAAAAGAACAUCAUACAUACAAUAUAGUAUGGGGGGAGGGUUUAGCUUACCAGUCUUGCUGGCAUAGUCAUCAAUCCAUUUUCAGCUUAAUAUGUUUGCUUCUCAACAAUCACUACCUUAAACCCUCCUUCACACUAAAGAGUAAAGGCACAAUGACACCCCUUUACACUAAAUACAUGCAAAGUUUUUAGAUCAAUAUGCUUCAGUUAGCUUCAAUAUGUAUAAAAAAUUCAUAUUCUGGCCCAUAGUCUGUCUUGUGAAGCCAGUUUUAAUCCUUAGCACAUAUUGGGGCAGAUAUGCAACGCAUGUUGUAUGAUACAUAUUAAAUAUUCAGUAGUUCUUUGCAGUGAUGAGUGCAUUUGCACUAUAAGCAUACAGUCAGUGUUAUAAUUUGUUUACGUAAUUAAUAAUUGUGAAGAAAUAAUAUAUUUGAAAAUGUUCAAUGAGAAUUCAGACAUCAUCUUGAUGUUUUUAAAGAUUGUUAUGCUGCCUUUUGCAGUUUGUCCCUAAUGCCUUGUUUGGCAGUAAAUAAUUAAGAUGUGAUUAUGAGCCACAGAAAUAUUACUGAGACAUUCCAGUGUUCCAUGCAAUCUUCUCCAAGGGAAAUUGACUUCACAAAACUUCCAAAUACAUGUAUGUAGUAUUUCUGGUAUACUUCUCUGCUAGUAAUAAUGACUCGUGGCAAAAUUUACUGCAAAAAUAAAUCCACACAAAAAGUGCCAUUUGCCCAUUGUCUUGGGAAAAUUUAUUGUGGUAAAACACUUGAGUUGGCCAGUCUUUCCAGUCCAGUGUGUAUCACUUACACAGUUUCUACCAACUACAACACAGUCCAACAAUAUGUCUAAUAUAUAGUUAUUAUUGCAAAAACAAUUUCCUGGGUAUUCUUCUCUCCAUUAGUUUGCAAUUAUUGCAAAUCAGAUUGACUCACAUACCAAAAAUUAGAAGGCUACACAUUCACACAACAUUUAAACAUUAAAUAAUGAUUAUGAUGAUCAUAUCAAUAAUAAUUACAACAUAGUUUUUAUGUUACAAAUACUACAUAUCACUCCUUGGUACCAACCAAAAAUCAUAGACUCAACAAAAGAUCCUCUCUUGUACCAUAUAACAUAUAAAAUACUAGGUGUUGAAAUUACAGUUAAGAGUAUAGAGUGGACAGAAGGUUUAAGUUGAUAUUUGUUCAUGGUGGCUUAUUGUGUUAACCCUUUUUUAAGCAGGCAGACUUCUUGACCAGCGAAAACCUGGUGCUAAAUGGUAGUCUUGGCAGAAGAAAGGUUAAGAAAUUGGGUAUCUAGGUAAGCUUGACAAUUGGCCCUUUCAAGUGAGAUAUUUUCCAUAAACAUCAUAACAGAAUAUUAUCCUGCAACAAAAUCUUUCACAAUUAGGUCUUAAAAGUCUGAACAAUUGAAUAACAUUCGUUAUUGCUAGACUGUACUGAAAAUGACUGCUUUUUUGUGGCCAACAUGUCUCAAGGCACAUGCUAAGGAUAAUAAUAAUUCAAAGCCAAAAAAGGGAACGAUUUCUUUAAAAGGCACAUCUUAUGACAGUCUGUGACAUUUCAUAUUUUGUAGUACUCUCUA